CGAGUUUCCGCGCUUGCGCGUCCGUUCGCGCCCGAGAGCGUCCGUGCAACCGCGCUCAUUUCGUGGCAGGCAGAUCCACGUUCCGAGGUAAUCCGUGCGGGAUCAGAGCACCGUGUUGAGAUCGCGGAGAAUCGUCAGGUCGUCACUUUCUAACGGCUACGACGUGCCCGUGGCGAGUCACGAACGAGGUCACGAGAGGAAGUGGUGGUUCGCGUACGGAGGUGGUGGUUCCAGAGGCGGUUCGCUGGCAGUGGUGACGACAGUGGAGACAACGGCGGUGUGUCGCGACGGCCGCGACGCGGCGGAAGGAAUCGAGCAGGAAUUGAUAUACGCGUGCAUGCGAUGUUAGCCGCCGCCGCACAAUUGAGAAUACUCGCGCGACGUGUUACAUUAUUUUUCCAGCGCGUCUACGCGCCACUCCGAUGUGAGUGCGAUCGUCACUCCGUGCUUCGGUAAAUCGCCACGGUAAUCAGGUAAACCGCCGCCGUAGCAGCAGCAGGCACGUCCGCGCAUCAUCAUGUUCUGGACGAAUAAUUACGUGUCAUCGCCGCAUAUCGAGGCAUUGCUCAACAAAGAGGAUGUCACGUUACACGAGCUGAUGGAUGAGGAGGAUAUUUUGCAGGAAUGUAAGAGCCAGAACAAAAAGCUGGUCGAGUAUUUAACAAGGCCCGCUGUUAUGGAAGAAUUAGUGACAUUAACUACUAAAGAACCAUCCAUGGACAUCGAAGAACGUUGGCGUUAUAAGUAUCCUAAUGUUGCCUGCGAGUUGCUCACAUGUGAUGUGCCUACAUUGAAUGAGAAACUGGCAGGUGACGAGGCACUUUUGGCCAAAUUAUAUUCUUUCAUAGAUACUGAUCAGCCAUUAAAUCCACUACUUGCAUCAUUUUUCAGUAAAACUCUUGGAGUACUUGUUGCUCGUAAAAGUGAUCAGAAUUGGUAUUCCUAUCAGUUCACAUGCUUACAGGUUUUAGAGUUUCUUAAAAGUCGUCAGAAAUGUGUAGAUCUACUGUUGCGACACUUAGAGACUUCUGCUAUUAUGGACUUAGUGCUAAAACUUGUUACUCAGGUGGAAGGUAGUGAUAUGCGUCAAAACAUAUUGAACUGGUUAGAUAGUCAACAUUUAGUGCAGAGACUGGUAAAAUUGUUAGCACCUACUUCAGAACCAGCCAAACACGCUAACGCGGCGCAAUUACUUUGUGAUAUGGUGAUGGCGGCGAGGGAUACUCAACGUACAUCCACAGAACGCGCCGAUCCAGAUCCUAUUUUAAAUACUCUAGAAUCAGGGGAAACUGUGAGCCUAUUAUUAGAGACUAUCUUAACAGGAGAAAAACUAGAAAGUAGUAUCAUCGGUGGAAUACAGGUGCUUUUGGUACUUCUAGGACAAAAGGCUAACAAUGCGUUGAACGAGGGGGACGUACAUAUUUACAGCGAGGAUGUCGCGGACAAUGAGCAACGUAUUAAAAUUUCGGACGCAACUCUACCAUAUCUGGAGCACCUUCAUAAACUUCUUCUAGAUCCACCAUACAAACCUGCAGUGAAGACAACCGUCGGACUUUUAGAAUGUCCAUUGGGAAAUACUCGUUUACAUGUAGCGAAAUUGUUAAUGGCAUUAUUGUCGACGGAGAAUUUAAAGAUCCAUGAAAGUUUAGCAAAUUUGGGAACAUUCCAAACAUUGUUGGAUCUGUUUUUCAAGUAUACGUGGAAUAAUUUUUUACACACACAAGUACAACAGUGCCUGGCCUUAGCUAUUAAUUGCGGACAUCGGGAUACUAAUGAUAUUAUUUAUAGUAAUAUAUUUAUCAAGUGCAAAUUAAUAGACAGAAUUUUAGAAGCCUGGGACAAGAACGAGAGUAAACAGAACAAAGAAAAUGGUGUUCGGCAGGGGUAUAUGGGACAUUUGAUAAAUAUCGCGAACGAUAUCGUCAGUCAGUGCGAGAAGAGUAAUAUAUUGAACAGCUUCUUGAAGAAUAAUCUGUCAUCCGAGUGUCUUAGUAAGUGGGAGAAGCUUGUGAGUACACAGUUGGUGGAGAUCAAUAAGAUUCAUCAAACUGUAAUGAUGAAUUUCCAGGGUGAUCAGAAUCAAGUGUACCUGAUGAACUCCGAUGAGAAUCCGGAUGAAUACAACUCUUAUUCGCAAGAGGCGUACAUCCAGCAGAUGUACACCAACUAUCAGGGCCAGCAAAUCACACCACCGUUUAUCGAGAAUUUUGGGUUCCACGACGAUGAGUUCAACGACGGCGAUGAUGCGCUCCAUAAUCCAGUUGACCAAUUAACAACGUUGGCCUUUACUCUCAGUGAAGAAGAUCUCGACAAGCGAGAAGAUAUGUUCAAUAAGCUGUGCCAACAAAAGCAGAAAGCUGGUCUCGAGGAUUGCGGCGGUGGAGUGGAAUGGGGCGAUGAGGGCGAGCUAACGUUCCAGACUGUGGUGGACAAGCGGGAUUGGCAUUCGAAGCAACAGCAUCAGGACUCCAGUUCGUCGGACGAGGACGACGAGGACGCGCGCGACAUGCACAUGGAAGUCGACACGACUGACCCUUGGGACACUACCGAGCCGUUGACUUCCAAUACCGCACUUCCGCCGGUCAAUCCGUGGGAUGUGGUGCCGUCGGAGCCAGUGGAGUCCACCGGCUGGGCCAACUUCGACAACUUCGAGAAUUCCUUAAGCAUAGAGAACGCCGCGAGCGAGGACAAGAAGCAGUGCGACGACGAGCUCAAAGAGAAGAUGUCGGAAGCGGCGACGGAUCUGAAGGAGAAGGACACGACUACCAGCGAGAGCAGCGUCGUAGACGGCGACGAAAAGAGCACAGAUACGGCGAAUGUCGAGGUAACUGGGCCGGUCGUGCCGUCCAAUGCGGAAACCAAUCUCAACAGCAAGAGCGACGAGGACAAGAAUGCUAAUCCCAGCAAGCCGCCGGUUGCCAACAGCGAUGUCAAGAGCGCGGAGGAAGCCACGGCUGCGACAACGGCAGACAACAUGAAGAACGCAACAGCCGCGAGCGAAGAGCCACCGCUGCCGCCGCCGGUCGACCAUCAGGCUCCGAACAGCACGCCCCCCGCCGACUCCGCGCCAACGUCGAAAGACGCCAAGUGAAACAUUGUCCCCCAUCCACCCGCCCUCCCCCCACCCGCCCUGCCUAUGUUAGACGAGAUAUGGCAAUAGGAAGAGAAAAUCAUAUCAGUAUCGAGUCGUACAAGAACGAUCGGAGCAUAUUACGCCUCUAUUUUCAUUAGACACCACGUGUUGAUUAUGUGCUUUAAAAACUGAGAUGAAAAAGGAAACCAAAAGGGAAAACAGAAAGAGGAGAGUGUUGACGCUGGGCACAGUACAGUCCCGUUGCAGGGUAUAUCUCGAAGAAAAUAAAGAAAAGAAAAACAAUACGAAUGCCGAACCUACCAUCGACGCUCAACUACCGUUUAGCGAAUAUAAUUUGAUGUUUAUUACAUAUACAUAUAAAUAUCUAAGUAUGUCCUGCCCUCUCUCGAAUCCCCACCCUACACCCCACCACCCUUUUUCGGAUGGCU